GGGCCAGGCCCCGCCGCUGCGUAGGGUGAGGGGGGGGGGGGGGGGCGGCGGCAGCGCCGCCGGCCUUUGUUGGGGCGCGAUCGCCCGGCGCCGUGCCCGGCUUAACGAGCCGCACUUGUGCCCCGCAUGCCGGCCAGCUGGGCCGGGGGGCCGCGGGGCCCCGCGGCGGGAGCGGCAGCGGUGGCCGAUUGCGUUUAAUUAGGGUCCAGCGCGGAAGGGGCGAGGGUGGCGCCGCCUGCCCCGCUCCCGUCGCGGUCCCGUCCCCAGCGAGCGCCGCUUCCUCCCCUCCCCUUCGCCCAGGCCCCGGCCGCCGCCCCCCGAUGGAGCUGGAGGCGCAGUGGUGGACAGGACAGCUGGCGGCCGACAUCCACCAGGCGCUGCGCUACAAGGAGCUGAAGCUGCCCUCCUACAAAGGCCAAUCUCCCCAGUUACAUCUGAGAAGAUACUUUGCAGAUCUGAUUGCCAUCGUGAGCAAUCGGUUCAGACUCUGUCCUGCUGCACGACAUCUAGCUGUGUAUCUGUUGGACCUCUUUAUGGAUCGUUAUGACAUAUCUGUACAGCAGCUGCAUGUGGUUGCUCUUUCCUGUUUACUUUUAGCAAGUAAAUUUGAAGAAAAGGAAGACAGUGUUCCCAAACUUGAACAGUUGAACAGCUUGGGUUGUAUGACUAACAUGAAUUUGGUACUGACAAAACAGAAUUUGCUUCAUAUGGAGUUAUUGUUGCUAGAAACAUUUCAGUGGAAUUUGUGCCUCCCAACUGCUGCUCAUUUCAUCGACUAUUAUCUUUCUAUUGCUGUCCAUGAAACUGAUCUUCAUGAUGGCUGGCCAAUGGUUUGCUUAGAGAAGACUAAGUUAUAUAUGGCAAAAUAUGCUGAUUACUUUCUGGAAGUAUCACUGCAAGAUCAUGCAUUUUUAAAUUAUGCCCCUUCUUUAGUUGCCACUGCAUGCGUAGCUUCUUCAAGGAUUAUCUUGCGUCUCUCCCCAACAUGGCCUACUCGACUGCAUCAUCUCACUGCAUACUCCUGGGACUUCCUGGUGCCAUGUAUUGAACGACUAUUAAUUGCGCAUGAUAACGAUGUGAAGGAAGCAAACAAGCAAAAAGGACAACAUGCUCAGUCUGCUCAACAUACUGUAUUUCAGUCCCCAGCUCCAACUCCCCAGCAGGCCAGCGUUCAGCAGCACAUACCCCAGUAUCUCCAAGCUCAUCAACCUUCGUUACAGUAUCACCAUCAGACAUCAGAACAGCAGAACUGUCAACAGAUACUAUCAGCUAAUCACACAGCAUCUUACCCGCUUCAGACUUGCCCUGCUGCCUUACAGUCUAGUGUUCAGGCUCGAGGCCACGGACAGACCGGUGCUGCUAUGUCACUAGCUGUUCCGCUAGAAGUGAAGCCAUGUAUAAGCGUCUCCUACAACCGGAGUUACCAGGUGAAUGGACGAUAUUCCUGUGUUACUCCCUGCUUUGAGAGGUGAUAAGUACAAAAAUUAUUUUGUGCUUGUUUAUUUGGGGCAGGAAGUUGCAUUGUGGGGAAUUGUUUGUUUGUUUUUGUUUAACCUCAAAUAUGUUUGAGGGCAACAAAUUGAAUUUAAAAAAGUGUCUUUCCAGAGAAAAAGCAACUGGAUUGGCAAUCAGUACCGUAGCUCAAGUAGAGACUGCAAAAAAUAAGCACACAGAACAUCUGAAAGAAUGCAUGUACCUGGGAGUAAUAACUUCUUACUCAGGCACUCAGAAUACUCUGUGCUUCGAAUGCACAUCUUUGAAAUAUCAGCCAAAAGAAAAAUGGCUGUGGACUAACUACAGACUUAUGUUUUAAUGAAGGAGAUAUGCAGUAUUAUUUUGAAGAUGUUUGUGUAAUACCACCAUACAGUAUUAACAUUUACGUUAAAUUUACUGAAACUUAAGAAUCCAUAGAAUGCCAGACUUCUCCAGAUACAUGGGGACCACAGGAAGAAACAGAUCUAACUUAGAUAACUCCGUACUCUUGCCCCUUUUUCAGCAGUUGUAUUGGACAUUUGCUUUAGACUAAGGCAUUUGAGUUAAGUGGUAUUUUCGGAUAGUUUUUUAAGUUUUGUACCUCACAGGAUAGACACUAUGUUUUUCCUUUUUUUCUUCCCUAUCCUUUUUAUGUUUAAAGUAACUCUUUCAUACUAACUCAGGGAAUUUUCUACUCAUUACUCUGUGCUGCUGGUUUGUACACUUAAUUGGGUAUAGCCUGAGAGAGAAGGGUAGAAAGGGAAGAGCCUAUAGCAAACGAAGGGGCUUUUCUUCAGGGCGUCUGUAUCCAGAGUACCAAAGGGAUGUGUUAGGGUUCACAGAAUGUAGAUGUGAACUACUGCCCAGCAGUGUGGUAUUGAGUAAUUGAAGUAAAGAGAAAGUUUCAGCUGAACUUGUACUGUACCAGAACUACUACAGUGGCUGUGAUUCUUCCAUGUAAGUGCACACACAUUAAUAACCAACAGAAAGCGUCCUCCAAUUGUAUUGACAAUAUCAAUUGUGCAAAAAAACCCACAGGUAAAUGCUUAUAGAAAUCCAGUUCUGUGUCAGGCUUACAACGGAGGAAAAUUCUCAGGUAAUACAGGGGUAACUUCUUAUUCUGCUAUUUGGGAGUUCCAGAAGAAAAUGCAGAGAUUUACUCUUCUAAACGGGUGGAUCAAAAUAUAUUGCAGAAUGAACUACUUUAUCACAAUUAAGGUGCUAAUUAUGUAACUUUAUGAAAUUACACUAUCUCCUGUGGAGUGGAUAGUCUGAGGGUAGAAAGCUUCACUCAUCCAACUCUUCGAUGAAAAUGGUGGUAAAGAUAUUAUUGGAGAUUUUUUUUUUUUUAAAAAACACCUGCCUCUCCUGUGGUAGAAUGUGGGAGGAGGUAUGGAUGACAAGAUUCUUACUACUUCAAAAUACCUCUAUAGUAUGUGGGCUUAAGGCUUUAUUUUAUUUUAUUUGUUCUUUUACCACCUUCUCACCUGUCUUAGUGGCAGCACUUACAACUGUGUACCACCUAAUGAAACCGAAGUAUUGUGAAUCUUACUGCUUUCAAAGUAGGGGCAAUUAAGAUAUGUUACCAAUGUUAAGAUGAAUGCUGUAUCACAGGAGAGGGGGUCUUACCAUAAUGUUCAGAAUGGAGGAAGGAUGGUUGUGCUCUUUCUUCUUGGAGCUGAGUGAUGAAGUGCUACAAACCCUAUUUAUUGUGGAGGAGAAGAAAUCCUGUUUCACUUGUUUUGUUUUUGCAUAAAUCCCAAUUUUUGUUGUGGGCUUUUGUAGCAUAUAUGUGCAAGUCAAGAGGGGAUAGGAGGGUGAAUAAGAGAGGUGACCCUCUCUGUUUUAUUCUAGAGAAUCAACUUCGAAAUAGGCAUAGUGUGGUCAAUUCUUACUUUCUCUAAGUGCAAAUUUUUUUUCCUCACCUCUGUCUCUUAAUGAAUAUUUCCCCAGGUCUGAGAGUAGUGUUAAGUAGAGAUUUUCCACCUCAUAAGAUGCCAUGCUUUUUAUUCAACAUUGUUACCCAUUUGAGAGAGAAAUAGACUUCCUUCUGCAGGUUUCAUUUUGUUUCAAUGCUAUAUAUCAAAGUCCUCAGUGCUCUAACUACCUCUGAUAACUAUGAAUGUACAGUCUUGUAAUAGACCAUGACUUGAAAUAACAGCAGAUGCCUGUAGCAAACUUUUCUGUAAAAUCUUUGUCAGCUAACUUGUCAUCUUUAUUUGUAAUGCAGCAGUAUAGACUUUUCUUUUUUGGAGUAUUACUAAAGUUAUCCCAUAGGCAUUUGAUAUAUAAAAUUUAACUAAUACUUAACACUGGAAUUAUAAUGGGCGGGGGGAUUAUUCAGUUAGUUAAUACUGCAAAUUUACAUUUAUUAGGGUAUUUUUAUUUGACUAUUUUAAGACAUUAGAUCAACUGUAAAAAGAUCCACUACAUGCUGUUUGUUUUUAAUUUAUUACUUAGUCUGAUUUUUUUUCUGACACUACAGCUUCACCAUGACUACAGAAAAUGUACACUGAACAGUUCCAAUGUAUUAUUUAAAAGGGCUUUAGUGGUGUACAUUAGAAAUACACUGUUCUUACUAUUAGAACCAAAAUGUGUUUUUUAUGGCAUAAAGAAAAAUGGUGCUCCUAAAUGCAAAAUGUCCAAAACAAUGGAAUCUUUGUGAGUGCUAUGCAUUCAAUUUAUUUUUAAAAAAUAAAACUAGUUUUGAGUAAGAA